AGUUGAAACCGGAAGCUUAUCGUUUUUUGGUAGCAUUCGCUUUACUACCAUCCAUAUGAUUACCUGUUAGCCAUUAAAAAAAUCUGACGCUUGGACUAAAUAUAUCCUCGUUACAUAUCGAGGGGGAACUGUACUACUCUGUCGCUAAAAUCAGUACCUGGGACUUUAGUUGAAAUGGAAGGACAACGCUGGUUACCCCUGGAGGCUAAUCCUGAAGUCAUGAACCAAGUGAGUAGAUGGCUUGACUCAGUUCUGGGCUUCUGCUAACCCACAGUCAGGUGUAGUCACAUGUUAAUGUGACUCAGCUAAUAACUUCUUAACUGAGGAAAGUUAAACUCCCAUGUUUUUACGACAGUUGGGCUUAGUACCUAGCUGGCAGUUUGGAGAUGUAUAUAGUUUGGACUCAGAGCUUCUUACGAUGGUGCCAAGGCCUGUGUGUGCUGUCCUGCUCCUCUUCCCUGUCACGGAAAAGUACGAGUCAUUUAGACUGGAGGAGGAAGCAAAGAUUAAGGCACAGGGACAGGAAGUGUCAUCAGAGGUGUACUUCAUGAAACAAACUAUCGGAAAUGCAUGUGGGACAAUAGGGUUGAUUCAUGCAGUAGCAAAUAACCAAACACAUCUUGAGUUUGAGGCUGACUCACCACUGAAGGUGUUUAUUAUGCAGUCCUCUAAGAUGAGCCCGGAGGAGAAAGCAGCCUUCCUAGAAAAAGAUGAGAGUAUCCGUGUAACACAUGAGUCAAGUGCUCAGGAGGGACAGACAGAGGCUCCCAGUGUCGAUGAAAAGGUGGAUUUACAUUUUAUUGCCUUUGUGAAUGUUGGAGGGCAUUUAUAUGAGUUGGAUGGCCGGAAACCUUUUCCAAUAGUUCAUGGGAAAACCACAGAGGACAGCUUCCUUGAGGAUGCUGCAGAGGUCUGUAAGAAAUUCAUGGCUCGUGAUCCCCAAGAGCUCCGCUUCACUGUUGUGGCUCUCUCCAAAGCAUAAAACACUCGCCUACUUUCUGUUUACUCAAGAAGAAACUGCCAGCCAUUCGCAAAUGUUAGAAUGUUUGCAUUCUUACACAGUGGAUUACAAAAAAAAUGGUUAUUUGCUAAUAUUUUGCUGCAAAUUUCUUUGACCUGAGGUGUCAUUAAUAAUGAAACAAAAGAAAUUGAAUGUGUCCAUGUACGCAUUUAUAGGCUUUUUUUAAAUUAUGUUCAAUUACUACUUGAAUUAUAACUAUGCCUUUUCUGCUCUGUCCUGCAUACUGACACCUAAUUUAAAUUAGACCAGAAUUAAGUGGUGGUUUCUCUAAACACUGCAAAAGAACGAAUCCUGUGUGUAAAACAUGCUCCAGACAGAUUCUCUUUUCAUGAUGCAUAAAAUUACAUUAAAGGUUAAGCUCUUUGUAAA